CAACAGAACCAAAAUGUUUGAUGUCAUUUCGACAGCAAAGAACACACAGUGGACGUCAUUUCCCACUCUUUGUUCAAAGUACACACAUUCGCAUGUUGCAAACGAAGCGGUCGAUUUUCAAGUGAUCCCAGGCAAAAAUUGCUUUGUGGAAUUUAACAAAAAGUUUGGAUUUGAAUUGAUGCGAACGACCAAUAAAGACAACAAAGAGGUGAUUCAACGAAUUAAGAAGCGACAGGUCGAUGACAUUUCAUGUGGCGCAAUAUCGAAGGCCGGUGGUGGCGAAAUUGCCAUUGGCAUGACCACUGGCUUCAUUCGUCUCUUCAGUGUGCACACGGGCGAGUAUUUGCCUAUCAAAUUUAAACCGGAUCGUGUUGGGAACAGCGUUCUCGGCUUGGAUUAUUCCAACACAGAUGAAUAUUUGGCGGCCGUUUAUGACAGUGCUGAUGUCAAGCAUUCGUACCCAGCGUAACUAUCACUUCGAACACAACGCUCGAUCAAACAGGCAAUUGUACGAAUUUCGAGUCAUUUUCUACGACAGCUGGCACAUCUCGCCUAUCGGCCGGCCAAGAUUCAUUCGCAAAAUUCGUUGAUGCCUGCCAUUAUAAUAAUGUAGCGGCUACCGAUUUAGCAACACCAAAACGACGUGACAGCUGGGGCGAUCUCAUGCCAACAAAAAAGAUGCAUGACUUUUCCUUGGAUUCAAUGGCAACUCCAUCGCAAGUUUGGCCCGGCGCCGGCGAUACUCAAUCCGAUUCGAUUUUAAGCGUGCAAUCACGGCUAUCGAUGGGUCAAUCCGACCAAAGCGGUUUUCAGCGCACCUCCCAACCGCCAGAAAUCCGAAUUUCCAAGCCAAACGAGAAGAAAGAAAAGCCGGUGAUCGAACUAAAGCGUCGACGCUUGACCGAGAAAAUUGCAUUGGAAGGCAUCGAAGAAGAGGAAACACACGAAGCAGAUGGUCAAAAUGGUUCGACAUACAAGAAAUGGCUGCAUACCAUCAAUCACAAAGUGUUUGCGAAUGCCUUUGCUGCUUUCGUUCAAAAGGUGCAUGAGGAAAAUGAUGGUGGUGAGACCAAAAUCGAGAGCAAAUUGAGUCAAGCGACACAUGCUGCCGAUGAAGAAGAUAAAGAAAAUUGCCAAAACAAUCAGCAGAGUCACAAAUCAUCCAUCGCUACUGCGGAACCGAUUACACACACGCCAAAUCGUCGUACAAACAACACACACGACGAGAAUGGUGAAAUGAUCACGAUCAGUACAAGCGAACUGAAUCAGACGCUCAAUGGGGUGCUACAGCAGAAAUUGGCUGCACUCGAAAUGGAAUUCGGCGAUCAUAUUCGGAAAUGGCAAAACAAUGUUACAUCCUACAUGGAUGAAAAGCUUCAAGAGCUCACCAGUCAAGUGCGUUACAUGCAAGGACGCUACUUUCACAGUGACUUUAAUCAUCGUUUCGUUAAUCAUAUGGAUCUUGAAGGAGAAUUGGAUCUGUUUGAUGAAGGUCUCGCAUCUCUGUUGCAUUUGGACAGCGUCCAAGCACAGUAUCCGGUCUACGCAGCUGAACUGGAAGAUUUGCGACGUCGAUUCCAUGAACAACAAAACUUGAAUCGUCAAUAAAUCUCUAAGCCACUAAUACAAUCAUUAUAGUUACAAUUGUACAAAAUUUAGGUUAAGAACCAUUUCGAUAAGUUUGUAAAAAUUCGCACAAAAUUCGCAUAAGUUUAUGAUUUUAAGCAUGAUUGCAAUAUCCACAGAAGAUUCUAUGGAAACGUGAGACACAUUCUUAAGUCUUGCCAGUUGAAACUAAUGAUAAGUUAUAGUACGCACAGUGGCAAAGAACCAUAAACAAUUUGUUUAUCAUCUUUUGCCGUUGUGUCGAUCAGAUUUUAUUUUAUUAAUUCCACAUUCAAUGCUGGAUAUGAACAAGAUUCUCAAAGUUUGAAUAAAGAUCUACUGGCAUAUAAUAGUUGAAAA